GUCGACGUGGAAAGCAAUUUUGGGGUAGAUCAAUUCUGUAGUCGAUCCCCCAGUCGAAUCAAGGGAGCGUGGAUUAGCGACGGGUCCCGGUUCAAUGUGGAAUCGCAGAUUCCCGCAGCAGAGCGAGGCAGCACCGGCCGCAUUUUGGGGAGGGCAUUGCCCUGGAGUCAUGGAUUUGGCGACCGCGACCCAAAUCCAUGGAUCGCUAAUCCAUGUUUGCGCACUCCCGAGAGGAGGCCGUCCUGGUGCUCGGCUUCCCGGGGCUGCUCUGGCUGAAGGCUCUGAGGUGCAUCGUGCUGCCGAUGAUCGUGCUCUCCAUGGUCCAAUCCUGGAGAGCCAAGAGGAGAAACAACUCGCGGGCGGAACGCAUGUCUACAUCCGCGGCCUCGCGAGCCGGACCCCUGGGCCGCCUACGUCUCCGCGGGAUCGCUCCCCAGAUCAAGCAGCGGCGAAGCGUCUUGUAUUUUGUUCGUGCCGCCGUUUGAAAGAAUUGGUUUCGAGGGAUGUUGGCUGUCCGGGUCUAGCGUGUCCGGGUCUACGGGGCCCUGAUAUCCGCUCGGAGUUCCUGAAGUUUUUGCUUAUGAAGUCCUCUUGGUUCUCCUAAGUCGAUGGUCAUGCUGAAGACUCUGCCGGGGGCCAGGACCAUAGGGAUCGUUGUUGUUGGGCUCUACUCGUUCACGUCGUUGUGUGCUGCGAUUGUGGGUUGCACGGUGUCUGUGCUUGUCUUGCAGCCUCUCAUGGGCGACGUCAGCCAUUUAGACACGGAUGACCAAGUCGUGCCAGAUCUUGCCGAAUUCACGACAUUGGAGAGCAUCCUGAACAUAUUCGAUGGGCUCGUUCCUGAGAAUUUGGUUCUGGAUGCCGCCGACGACCGCCUCCUUCCAGUCAUUGUCGCCUCGAUCAUAUUUGGACUGCUGGUCAAGGAUAAGAAUGAGGACGGGACCCUAUCAACGACCCUGGUGGUGGUUCAAGAAUUAAGCGAUGUGGUGGUGAGAGUCGUAACUACAGUGAUGAUGCUGGCACCUUUGGGAGCUGGCAGCUUGGUGUUCGCUGCAGCGACGAGAUUGGACUUCGCAAAGACAGGUUUCGUCGUCAUCGCAUUUGUGCUUUCUGUCACGAUCGGGCUCGGAUUUCAAUUCUUUGUCGUCUAUCCGACUUUGAUAACCUGCUUAGCGAUGCGAAAUCCGAUGAGGUACGUGCUCGGUAUCACUCCAGCUCUCCUGACUGCGUUUGGGACCUCGUCGUCAGCUGCCGCCCUUCCAGUCACCCAGCAGUGCAGCAUCGAGAGGAACAACAUCCCGCCACACAUUGCCAAGUUCGUACUAAGCUUGGGCGCCACGAUCAACAUGGACGGGACUGUCCUCUACCUAAUCUGAGCAGUCUUCUUCAUCGGCACCAUCGAAGGAGUGACGUUCGGCUUCGGCAAGGUCGCCACGAUGGUCGUGUUGGCGAUGUUUUGCUCUCUGGGUACCGCUCCUGUCCCGAGCGCGAGCCUCGUGCUUCUCGCCACAAUUAUGACGAGCGUGGGUGUCCCGAUCACCAUGACUUUCGGCCUCAUCUGGGCAGUGGACUGGCUGCUUGACAGGAUGCGCACGGUAGUCAAUGUUGCCGGGGACGGGUCGGUGGCGGCCGUCGUGGAUAGACGUUAUUGGCAUGAGGAUGGCGAUGUUGAGCUCAGCGAUUCUAGCGUUGAUGAUCGCUUCGAGGCCGAGUGACAAAAGCUCGGAUGUUGGGAUGGUCUCGCCCCGACGUUGCUGUAGGCUUGUCGUCGGCUGCCUGCGGCAAUCCUCGCACCGCGUCAGCGCAUCAUCGCAGGUUGAAAGGUUGCAAAUCAAAACCGAAGUUUUCGGCCUUUGGCUUGCGCCAUAGUUGUCGAAAGGCCAAACUGGUCCCAGCGCGGUUUUCAAACGGCGUGCGCAGUAUGUGGGGGCUCGCCUUCGGAAAAUUGCUGAAGGUUUCCACGGGAAGUAAGACUCGACUACACGUAAGAGUCAUCCUUCACCUGAGUGACCUUGGGUUCGGGCUCACCGGGGCCCCCCGAUCGCCGAGCGCGAUGCCAUAGUAGCGGCCUGCGCGCACCCAAAAAAGCCGCGCACCAAAGGUCACUCCUGCACAGAGACACUCUUGCGCGUAGCCGAAAGAAGUACUCUAAUUCGACCCAAGGUGUCGCAGACGCGGCGGAUUGCGAGCCACGCUCGCUGCCAGUGGCAGCGCUGUGCUUCUGCUUGUGUCCGUCGCAGUGGCUUGCCGCACUUGGGCGCCCACUCAGCCUGUGGGUGCUCGUCUUGGCGAAGUGCUUCCUGCAGCAGGAUGCUGUGCGUCAAGGAUGUGCCCGGCUGAGCUGUUGUUGUUUUUACGGGCGCGAGCUCUCAUCUCCAUCCAUUGGUGAUCGCCGUGCGCUGCACACCGAUGUUGUGCAGCCUCGCUGAAUUUCAGGUGGCAGCAUUUGAGAACAACAAUUUUCUGUGGAGAACAUCGAGGUUCCAAUUCCUGCCCCGUCGGGGGGAGGGCAGGGGGGCGCUUCAUUCAGACACGACAGUAAUCAGAUGUUCUCUGAAUCGGAACUGAGCGUCGUGCAUUUUUGUCAUUUGGCUCGCACAGCACAGUGGCUGACAGCUGUGCCUGCCGUUGCCAGGCGCGAAAGGUGCCCGUUGAACCACACGAGUUCCUCGUUCUUGGACCGUCGUCUUUGUACAGUUACGCUGCCGAGAGCAAAAACCUGCGUGGACUCACACUCCUCCACCUCAACCUUCCAUAUACUUUCCGACCUCCUCGGAGAGUGCGGAAUAAGUCAUCGAAGCGCAUGGAAAUUGUACGCCGUUCAAG